GUACUGCUCCGCCGUUCAAGGAAGGAUGUUUGAAGCAUAUAUCAUCUAGUACAUGUUCUCACUAGCGGGUCAUGGUACCUCAUGCUUCUUGUAUAAGUGGAUAACUGAUGAUUGAUGGCAAAAAUGGCUACGUGACCACAGACAAGACCAAACUACCCUAUGGCAUAGCACCUGGUAGCAGAGAUCUGGAAUUUGGAUUAAAUACCGGCAUUUAUGAAGGCAUCUGUGAUGCAUCUAAACUUCUACGUGAACGUCCAUCAAAUGUGAACAAUCCCAUAACGUGACUCAUUUUAUCGCGGAGACCACGCUACAUGUCCAGUCUUCAAGGGUAAAGGGUCGGUGUGACAUUGCAGGUUCCCCGGUAGACUAGGUCACACUUCAACUACGAGAUCCGCUGGUUUGCGUCGCUUGGCGCGAUCGAUGAAAACAGGACCACGACACAGGCAGAUAUGGCUCUUGUGAGGCGCAUUGCAGGACCCCUCCUGGAAAGCCGGGGUAUAUACAGCAGUAUAUCACGGACAUAUUACUUAUAUUCCCCGGAACCAUUCCAUGCCUAUCCAGACCGUCAGCCAAAAUGGAUGAAUGCGGAGGAGGCAGUGUCAGUCAUCAAGUCAGGACACAAGGUGUACGUACAGGGAGCUGCAGCCACGCCCAUCACAUUGGCGGACGCUAUGGCCGUAUAUGGUAAGAAGGCGGGGCUUAAGGACGUGGAGGUGGUACAUAUGCACACAGAAGGACCAGCGACCUAUGCCCAACCAGAAUAUAAAGAUCAUUUUAGGUCAAAUUCAUUCUUCAUUGGUGCCAAUCUACGAGAGCCAAUCAACUCAGGUCGAGCUGACUGUAUUCCGAUCUUCCUCGGGGAAAUCCCGUUGCUCUUCCGGCGACACAUCAUCAAUCUCGACGUCGCCCUUGUUUCUGUGACGCCCCCGGAUAACCAUGGUUACUGCUCCCUGGGUACCAGCGUGGACUGUGCCAGGGCUGCGGUCCAGAACGCCAAGUAUAUCAUAGGCCUGGUGAACAAACAAAUGCCGCGGACAUUCGGAGACGGCCUCAUACACCAGUCCCAUUUUGACGCCAUGGUCGCGGAGGACAGACCCCUGCCAGAACUCAAGAAGAGAGUUAUGUCCCCUGAGGAGAACGCCAUCGGCAAGCACAUAGCACAGAACCUGGUCCAGGAUGGAGCCACGUUACAGUUAGGUAUAGGUUCGAUCCCAGACGCGGUCCUGGCAGAACUAGGGAGCCACCGUGACCUUGGCAUCCACUCAGAGAUGAUCAGUGACGGCGUCGUGGACCUCAUGAAGACCGGCGCCAUCACCAACUCCAAGAAGGUCAUCCACACCGGCAAGACUCUCUCCAGCUUCUGUAUUGGCUCACGUAAACUGUACGACUUCCUCAACAACAACCCUUCUGUCGUUAUGGUUGACGUGGCCUACAGCAAUAGUGAAGCCAUCAUUGCCCAGAAUCCCAAGGUAACGGCCAUUAACUCAGCUAUCGAGGUGGAUCUCAGCGGCCAGGUGGUGUCUGAUUCUAUAGCAACAAGGAUGUACUCAGGUUUUGGGGGCCAGGUGGACUUUAUACGAGGUGCAGCUCUCUCACAAGACGGGAAGGGCAAGCCAAUUAUUGCUCUUCCUUCGCAGACAAAGAAGGGCGAGUCGAAGAUAUCGCCUUUCAUCAAAGAGGGUGCUGGAGUUGUAACGACACGAGCGCACGUGCAUUACGUGGUGACAGAGUUCGGCAUCGCCUUCUUGUUCGGCAAAAGCCUGCGACAGAGAGCCUACGAGUUGAUAAAGAUAGCUCACCCCAACCACAGGGAGCAGUUGGAGAAGGCGGCCUUCGACAGACUCAAAUGUAUGCCUGCUCCGUGAUUGGACGAUGUUCACGAGCCUCAAGUGCAUGCCUACUCGUGAUUGGACGAUGUUCACGAGCCUCAAGUGUAUGCCUGCUCGUGAUUGGACGAUGUUCACGAGCCUCAAGUGUAUGCCUGCUCGUGAUUGGACGAUGUUCACGAGCCUAAAGUGUAUGCAUGCUCCGUGAUUGGACGUUCCACAGCCUUAAGUGUACAGUAAACCCACGAUUGGUCAAUAUUACCUGGCUUAAUUACAUGACUGUUUCGUAAUCAGUUGAGAGUCGCAGCUAAAACACCACUACAAUUUACCAACGCUGGAGAAAAUACCUUGUUGAUGAUCGUGUAUUUUGAAAAUUCACCUCUAGCACGUUAUCUGUCUAUAAAACUCAAAAACUGUUGUAAUUCCAUGAGCGAUUUUGUGAUUGUUUCCAUAUGAUUUUCAUAUAUAAAGUAUAUCAAUUUGUUUCAA